GCGAUUUUAUUAGGGAAACGUUUUGCGGAAACUGUAACACCACCAUACCCAAUUAAGUGUGAAGACAACAAAACCUUAACCCCAUCCUUGUCACAAUUCAAAAUCCCUCCAAGAUUUCAACUAAACGCUUGCAUUCGACAACAUAUUCCACAAACCCGAACAAUUCCUUUCCCUGUCUCCUUUAGAAAAGGACCAUUUUUCAAAAGUCAUCACUUUUUGACUCAUACUAUAUCGCUACAGUCAGAAUCUACCUACAAAAAAGUAGGAAUGACAACAAUUCCGAAAUAUUGUUCGGAUAAAAAUUAUGUUGGUCACAUCACUGCGUCUUAUGACGGUGUUAAGAAAUCGAUCCAUAAUGGAUUAUGA